AUGCUUGAAGACCUGGCCAGUCUCGAUUUUCGAGAAGAAUGGGACAAUGUAUACUCCAAGCUUAUACAGAUUGUCGAGAUAUUGUUAUGUCGGAGUACGCAUGGAAGGAAGGCGAUUGAAGAGCUGCUAGCACUGAACAAUCGGAUGAUCGAGUGGUUGUACAAAGGGGAUGAGAAGAGAGCGAAUAUAUCUGUGGAUUCCACCUUGACUCUCAUAGAAACGUGGGUCCAGGAACUUUGCAGAAACAGUGACACAACUGUCGCAAAGCUCCGGGAUCAUCUAGAACAACGAGCCAAGUCUGAAUCCGGGGAAGUUGAUCAAGCCGAAGCACCGAAGGCUAGAGACGAGGGCGAAGCAUUGGCAUAUGAUCCACUAAAGUUGUCUUUGCGGAGCACCCUGAAUUCCCCCUUAGAUGAGGCCGAUAGGAUUCAGUAUAUUCACCACUUUUCACGUUAUCAGCCGAAAAACGUUAGUCUUCUUUCGGCGCGCUCAGCAACAACAAGAUUAAUCAGAACGCCCCUUACCAACACAGAAUUAGUUUCGGAAUACGUCUACAUCUACUGGUGCCCUGGAAAUUUUGGCUACGUCAAGAUUGGUGUCACAGAUGACGUUUCCCAAAGACUAAAGGGUUGGGAGGAACAAUGCAAACAAGAAGUCCGAGAGCAUUUCCAGCAAGAUUCAAGUGAAAGGGUACUCGUCAAACAUGCUUUCCGGGUUGAAAAGAUAGUUCAUACAGCGUUGAAAGAGAUUCGAUAUCAAGAGAUAGGCUGCAAAGGGUGCGGAAGGAGACAUAUCGAGUGGUUUCGUACCAGCCCAGAACAUGCUGCACUGGUUAUUAAGAAAUACUCACCUUGGGCUGCAACAAACCCGUACCCAUUUGACAAGUCAGACAAUGGUUGGAGACUGGAUAAAAAAAUUGGGGAACGCGAAGUUGAAGAGCUCACUGAACUAAUCGGUAGCCAUGAGUCGAAGCACAUCUCAAAGUUUCGGAGAAGGACGAUUCCUCGCAGAGUUACUACCGGAAAGCAAGGCCCUGGUGAGUUAUACGCUAGAUGGAAGUACAGUUUCUUUUAUCCACUGGCCCAAGGAUAA